UCCCGUGAUCAGUGCUUAUAUUAGGAAGGAUUUAUAGUUUAAAACAUACUGUCUUUGUCUCUAUCACUGUCAAAGGACUUCUAGAUGGAGAACCCGGAGGAAAGAAAAGGGAAACUCACUCUGCUGUUGGCUGCUGCAACCCUGAUCUCUGCAUUUGGCUCCUCUUUUCAGUAUGGAUACAAUGUGGCUGUUAUUAACUCCCCAGCCCCGGACAUGCAGCGGUUCUACAGAAAUGUGUCCGAGAGUCGCAAUAGCACCGUAUCUGAAGGUGUGUUGACUCUGCUGUGGUCCCUGACCGUGUCCAUGUUCCCCCUGGGAGGGUUCUUUGGCUCUCUCUUGGUGGCCCCACUGGUAAAUAAUUUAGGAAGGAAAGGCACCUUGCUGUUCAACAAUAUCUUCUCAGUCGUCCCUGCUUUAUUGAUGGGCGUGAGUGAGGUGCUGGGCUCUUUUGAGAUCAUUAUCUUGGGUCGCUUCAUUGUUGGCAUCUGUGCUGGCCUUUCAUCCAAUGUGGUGCCAAUGUAUUUGGGAGAACUGGCCCCGAGGAACCUGAGAGGCGCUGUUGGGAUUGUGCCUCAGCUUUUCAUCACUGUAGGCAUCCUUACCGCUCAGGUGUUUGGCAUCCGACAUAUACUUGGUAACGCAGAAGGUUGGCCCAUCAUGCUGAGUCUGACUGGUGUUCCUGCUCUCAUUGAGCUGAUUCUGUUGCCAUUCUGCCCUGAGAGUCCACGCUACAUGCUCAUUCAGAGGGGUGACGAAAAUAAUGCUAGGACAGCACUGCAGCGUCUGAGAGGAUGGAAGGACGUAGAAGAUGAGAUGACAGAGAUGCGGCUCGAAGAGCAAUCGGAGAGGGCCGAGGGCCAGCUUUCCGUGCUCAAGCUUUUUACCUUCCGAUCUCUGCGCUGGCAGCUGGUGUCCAUAAUCAUCAUGAACAUGGGCCAGCAGUUGUCAGGAGUGAACGCCAUUUAUUACUAUGCAGACAGCAUCUUUUCUUCAGCCGGAGUGAAAGCGAAUGAUGUUCAGUACGUGACUGUUGGAACAGGGGCCGUGAAUGUCCUCAUGACCUUUGCUGCGGUGUUUAUAGUGGAAGCCUCUGGCAGGAAGCUGCUGCUUCUGAUUGGGUUCGGGAUCUGCUGCAUAGCCUGUGUGAUCCUCACUGUAGCUCUCAGCCUGCAGGAAACACUGUACUGGAUGCCCUACGUCAGCAUCGCCUGUGUCAUCAUUUAUGUCAUUGGCCAUGCCAUAGGCCCGAGUCCAAUUCCCACUGUUAUUACCAGUGAGAUUUUCCGCCAGUCCUCGAGACCUGCAGCUUUUAUGGUGGCAGGCUCCGUACACUGGCUUUCAAAUUUCACCGUAGGCCUGGUGUUUCCCUUUCUAGAGAAAGGCCUGGGGAACUACAGCUUCAUCGUCUUUGCUGUCAUAUGCCUUGCAACACUUAUCUACAUUUGGGUGGUCAUCCCAGAAACCAAGGGAGCCACUUUUUUGGCUAUCAGCAAGCUGUUUUCUAAAAGGAACAAAGUGGAGAUUGUGGUGCACGAUGAGGAUUGUAAGAUGCAAAUGACUGGAGAGACGGACUGUGAAAAGAAUGACGGGUGUGCUGUGGUGUUUGACAGCAGGACGUAGCGGUGGAUCCUUUGGGUGCUUGUUGGGUGAGAGAGGGGGGAGCCUCCAUG